CAAAUGUGUUUAUCGUUCCCGCGUUAAAGUACUUGCAGUUGUAGCUUGCUCGUUUCGGACAACGGUGUUUAUUGGACGUAGCUUGAGUUUCCUUGGUGCCCAGGGUAUUUGUUUAUGAAUCUUGUGUGGAUGAUAAAAGAUAUGACAUAGUUGCAGGAGUGCGGGUUUGAUUAAUCGCUGAGCUUUGUGAAGGGCACUACAAUGGUUACGACGGGAGUGGAUCACAGUGUUCUUGAUCGGAGUCUUAUGGUGUUGGAAAACGAACAUGCCCAAACAGAAGACAAGGUUGCGUCAUGUUCAGAACUUAAUGGGUACUUUAACCAUCUUGUUAAAAAUGAGACAGAUUUGUUACCACUGCCGUUUAAAAUUCAUGGGGAGAAGCUGAUUAAGACAUUAUUGCAGUAUCUUGAGAAGGGAAAUGGUGAGUUACGGUCUCAAGUGCUGUUGGUCCUGAAACAGGCGGUACAGUUAUUGCAAAAAGGCUUGGGUAUGGGAAUGCACGUGGCCUCGCAGUGCUAUGCCUUGUUAUUAAAAACAUCUCGAGCAAUUGAAGAAGACCUGGAACCGUCAUGUAAGAGUGAAACAGUGGUGGAGUUGUUUCAGUGCAUGUCCAGGUUUGAUGAUCCACAGUUUCUUGAUGCUGUUAUGACAAUGAGAUACUCAGACCAUAAGGAGCUGAUCAAGAAAAGUGUAAAUGUCUCUGGGGAGUCAAUUGACCGCAACUUGAAUGACCUGUUGGAUUAUGAUUCCUUGAUCUCAAGUCUGAGAUUAGAGGCUUUGUAUUUUGCAAAAAGACUGAUAAAAGUUUGUGGUUCAUUAUUGCUCAUACAGUUUGAGGAAGAUCUUGACUUCUGGUUUGAGCUCCUAUUACCACAAGUAUUUGUUUUUCGUGAAGUGUAUGACUCUGUUUUGUGCAAAGAAGUUGAUGCAGAUACACGGAAAGCAGCUAGAGAGGCUGUAAAGGCACUUUUGAUCAUCAUACCAAGAGAUGAGCAGCUGAAACUUCAGAGUUGGCAAAGGAUAAAAAGUGACAUUAAAGACAGUUACUCUGAUAAGAUGGUGAAGCUUGUGGGUAUUGCCCCUGAUUGGGCGUCAAUAUGGUGCUUGAUGUUAGAUGUUUUGGGAGCAGAACUCGUUAGAAAAGGAAACAAUCAUCUUAUUAACAAACUCUUGAAUGUGGAAGAAAGGGCAUUCAAAUAUGAUAGUACAGAUGUUCGUGUCCAAGCUUUUAUUUGCUGGCGACAUCUCAUUGACAAGCUGUUGCUGUCCAGAAUUGAGGUUCCAAGUGAAACAGUUCAGCGUUCUGUUCGUUUGCUCGUGCAGCCAUUGCAACCAAACAAUGCCAAGACAGAUAUCAUGUCUUGCGAGAAAUUGAAUACUUGGUGGCAUCUUGUUCAGCGUCUUGAACAUUGCAUUGAAAACCAUCUGAAAACUGUUCUUGUGCCUUUCUUUCUGUACUGCUUUGGUUCUGCCAAGACAAAGGAAAUUCCACCAGGCAAGAAGUAUCCAUGCUUACACAUACCGUGUGCCAAGGCCCUGGCAAAUAUCCUGACCAAUGAUCCUGCUGCUGAGCAGGAGACUUUUGACAGACAGAUGAGUGAUGAGAGUGUGGAAGAAUGCAUUAUCCAUCCCUGUAAAGUUGCUCUGCUGAACAAGCCCGCAGUGUUCCUGGAUGUAUCAGAGGAGUUGUUAUACUCUGUUGGAGAAUGUGUCAUAAUUCUUUGUGGCAGAAGUGAAGUGGAGACAUGCUCACAACUUAUGCAUUCAAUCUGGAAUUCUUUGCUGAGACAUGUUGCAGCUGUCCUAGAGAAUGAUGAAAUCCUGGCUGAGAGAGUUGUGAAACUGAUGCAGGACUUGCUGCGACUGGUGCAGAACUUGGCUGAACAUUCGAGCUCCACAGCCCCUGCUCUGGCUACGCACUGUAUUAGUCCCUUGCUUGAAGGACUGGUUAUGGGUCCGUAUGCUCUCCCACCUGCCGUUCUUGCUGCUCCUACGUACUACGUGGGCACGGCCCAACUCAUGACGGGAACUCCAGCUCUGCUUUUGCUGGAGGUGAUGGUAUCUCGCCCUCUUCUUCACCUUGCAACAUCACAUACACGAUAUGUCCCACUGCUCAAGGCCAUCUUGGAUGUUGGCGUAAGUCACCACAAUGUUCUGGAGUUCAUGCACUCUGUGAUGAAACAGCUGGAAACAGGUGCAAAUACAUAUUGUGCCCUGAGCAGUGCUGAGAAGGCAUCGCUGUGUAUUGUGUGGAGUAACAUCGCAUCUGCUCUUAUCAAGUACCUGAAAGACAGCAACAGUGUGAAUCAAGGAAAUGAGAGGCAUCAUGAUCUGAGCUGCUUUUAUCUAGUUUUGCUCUUCCCUUUUUAUCACUUCUACAGCAUCGCCUAUAAGCAGACUAUGGAGACAUUGUCUGUGUGGCUCGAUCUGUAUAAAUGCUUCCACCAAGCUGCACUUCGUGAUGUGCCAACCUUGGAUGUCAAUGAAAUAUGUGAGACCAUGUCCAUGAAAAUUUGUCAAGCCCUGGGUAAGCAUUGUCCCACUUCUGCAGACCAGGCCAUGCCACUGCUCAAAGCUGUGCAGAAUAUUGUCAUGAUGAUCCCAUUUAGUGACAUCUGUGGAACUCAGCAGUCAUCAAAAAGAAAAUCCAGAUCCUCUCUUCUGCCAGAUAGGGGACGAGCAUCUAAGCCAACAAAUUAUAUUACAAAUACGAUGAAUCUUGUGGUGAAGGUGUCCCAGUUGUUUCCUGCCUUUGAACGCUCAGGUGAAUGGUACAACACUGUAGGCAUCCUCAUAAUGAGCUGCUUGGAGACAUUAUUUAAGAACAUGAAGGCAGCCAGUGUUGCAGCUGCAAUUCCAGUGGUUUCUAAUCUGUCAGAUUCCGUUCUUUCUCUCCUACAAGCAAACCCGCUUCAGGAUGGAACUGCCAAGUUUUGGGAUGAGUCAUUGCAUCGAGUGUGGAAAUGUUAUUUUACUUUCAUUGAGACUUAUUUGCACCAAAAGUCAGUGAAGGACUUUCUUGGUUGGAUGUCAGCAAUAUUGGAAGUUGGUUUCAGGCAUCCACUUCAGGAAAUUCGGAACAUAACAGUAACAUUUUGGGACAAUGUAGUUGUUCCUGCAUUUGUCAUAGACAAUACUAAUGUACCCAAAGUUCUGAAGGAAGCAAGAGAAAAAUGUGGGAAAACACCAGAUACAUCUUGUGUUGUGCCUCAUAUCACCACAAGUCAACUGGAUGAUGAGGUCGAGCCACUCAGCACAGUUCCUGUUGCACUGUUUGCAUUACCUGAAGAAACUAACAAGCAAAACAGACAUUGCCAAUCCUUACUUCAGCAGCUGCAGGAUGAUGGUCAUAUUUUGACAAAACACCAGAAAGAAGUUUUCAGACGCAGAAAAGAUGAUAUUCCUGAACUAUACAGCAGCAGUAUCCAGCCUGUACAAGAAGACUCCAUUAUUUCUGAGAGUUCCCAAGAUACGUGUGACUUUGCUGCCCCUCAGCGAAUAAUUGAACCACUUAGAAACAGCAUAAAUGUUUCAGAAGACAAUGAACCUCUAAUUACUCCAUCCCUAAAAGUAUUGGAACCACCCAGCUCGUUACGAAGGUUGGCAGAUUACCGUAAAAAGAUGAUGAUUGAUCUCGAAGGAUCUCUUGUGUUGGCUCCAAUUAGUGGGAAUAACUCUGCUGGAAGUGAAAGUGUACCUGAAGAGCCAGUUUCGUCUGGAACGUCUCACGAAAUUCCUGGUACCCAUAUCCAGAUGAAAUCAGAACCUCCUCAGUCCCCAUUGUCUCUCACACUUGUGUCUGAUGAGUGUGAACCUGCACCACUACCUUCUAAUACCAGGAAACUGAACUUAGAGUUUGUUGCUGUUCGUUUGCCCACACCCAUCCUAGCGCCUAGUAAGGAUACGCCAGAGCUCCAAGGUACACAGCUAGUUCAUAGCCAGGACAUUUCAGCCAAGCCUGAAGUGGCAAUUAGGGUGUCAAUUUCAACUCCACCUUCAACAUCAGUUGGCAAUAAUAUAAUUGAUGCCCCUAUUUCAUUAUCGUUGGAAGAAGAACUGACAAUUUGCAAUGGUGUAGUUAUGAGAAGCAAUGAACAUGGUCACUCAGAUGCUCAUAAUAUGCUUGGUUCUCCAGUGGAAGUGGAGGAAAUAGUAAAAUUGUCAGCUUCCCCUCUGACAAUCCCGACAGACAAAAAUGUAUCUCCAAAGAUGCCUGGUAUUACUAGUACAGUUCCGGGUUCCAAGAAGUCGUUGCUAUUAGAAACAACAAAUAAGAGUGACAAUACAGGAUUAGUACAAAAAGCUAACAGUGCCACCAAGUCACCCAGAAGAAAACCGGUCGUAGUCAACACUGAGAAUCCACUAACAAAUUAUUUCAAGCCUGUAUCUAUUACGUUGACUGCAGAUGAUGACGAAAUUGAUAGUAGUCGGAAGGGAGCCGCUCGAACGAUUCAUCUAAGUAUAGAGAGUUCAAAUAGUGUGAACAUACCAGUUCCAAUUCCUGAACCAAAUGUGUGUCAGCAAAGUUCAGAGGCAGCUCACGAUCCACAACAAAUUGUUUCCAAGCACACAGAGGUUCUGGAAGAUGGUCAAGUCCCUUCUGCGUCCAGUGUAGAGAUUCCAUGCACCACAAAAGAAAAUAUCAUUGAAUGCGAAGCAUCUGACUGGAGACAAGUGUUAAGUCCCGUGAAGGUGGUUGUAGAGAAAAUUGAAGAUUUCGUUUUACCCAAAACAUUUUCGGCUUUGGAAACAACACCACCUUUAAAUGUAGAACAUGAUAAAGAGCUGCCUUCUGAGGUCAGUAGUAGCAGUCGUCGUAAAACAAAGAGUCCUCUGAAGAGAAAUGCUGGAGAUCCUAAACUACCUCCUUUUAAGAGUAACAGUAGGAUGGUUCAGCAUGUGCAAACAAAACAACAGUGCAUGGAAGUGAUGUCUAAAGUUAAACUUUCCAAAUCAAGUAGCAGACUUAAUAAAAGAAAGGAGAGCGGAGAGAUGAGACCUUUGAAACGCUCAGCUCGAAUCCAUGGUGGCAAGUAUGCUAGUAGUGGCCACGUGAUAAAAGCGACUAUGGAAGAAGCCAUUCCUGGUCCAGAAACUGCUUCAGGAGACAGGAUUAGCCCUUCAUUAUUACCAGCAGCUUCUAGAAGGAUAUCCAGAUCAAAGACAAAACGCAAAUCUGGCAACACUAAAAGUAAGAUAAUUGAAAAUAAUAUGGAUGUGCCACAGAGUGAAUUCUCAGAAUUGUCCACUUCUGAAGGUCAGCAUAAACCGUUUCUUCAUUCCCAUGGAAUUUUGGAUGGUGUGAAAGGUAACAGGCAUAAUAUUAGCAAGUCUUGCAUACCAUUGAGCAUUAAUGAUUUGAAUGAAUGUGGACAAGUUAAAAUUGAUGAGAAUGAUUCACUGCCAGUCUGCAGUAAGGAAAAGGUCAUUGGUGUAGAAAUCGGCAAACAGAAUGGCUACUCCUCAAAAAAAAAUAUCAGAGAAGUUAGUGGAGAUACUUACAAGGGCAGUGAGCUCUCAGAUUCAGCAAGUACUGAAGCAGUUGAUGUGGAAGCGUGCAGAGAAAGUAUGCCUAAUAGUGCUGAAUCCUUGAUACUGCAUGUUGAAAUGCAGGAAACUGGUCAGGAACCAGUUAGUCAUACAGUAUCAAAUGGUGUUACUUCUACAUCAACAAACAAGGAAGUAAAGAGUGCAAAAACAAGGGACCAAAAUACAUUCAGUAAUAGUAAAUUGUUCAAAUCAAACUGUGAGGCACAGGCAGACGGUGUCAAGUUUACCAAAGGGAACAUUUCAGAUAGUAAUGGUGCUUUAAAAGUAAGCCCUAGAAAAUUAGAGGUAACUAAUACAGAAGUGUCCAAACAAGAUACUGUGGAUCCCUUACAGCAGGUGCAUGAUGAAAUGCCAGCAAGUGGCGUAAAGAUUUCUGAAUCAGGUACCUCUAACAGUAAUGAUUUUGUAGAAGUUGCAGUACAAAAUGAAACUGUACCAAAUUUGGAAACAUCUGCUGAUACAGGAACCAGUAAAGAUGAAGCAUACAAUAUGCUAAAAGAAGGUUGCAGUAAAGAUAUUAAGCCAACUGCUGAAGGUACAGAUUCUCAUACAAGCAAUGAAAGUUUGACUUCCAUUGUUAACAUUGACAAAAGAGAUGUUAAAUCUAUGUUGUCAGAAAUAAAGAGCAAUCCAUGUAUUGAGGAGACAUCAAAAUUGGAAGUAGAAAAUGAAAAAGAGAUCAGUUCCAAUGAGGCAGUUCCAGAACUGUCUGUGAGGUGCAGAAAAUCCACUUCCAAACCGAAAAGUUCUGUAACAUUACUUGGAAGUGCUGGAACAGAGAUGAACCAGGAGAAGCUUACUAACAUCUCUGGCUGUCAAAUUGGUUGCAGCAUGAAGAUGGAUACACUGCUAGGUCCUGAGGGUCUUAGUGCUGAAAGAAGUGAGUUGCAGGUUACUGAAGUGGAAUGUGGGGAAAGAAACAUAAGUAACAUCCAGGAUAAUCACAGUUUGGUUCAAACUGAGGAUGUGUGUACAAAUAGAAGGAAAAGAAAAGUUUGCCGAAUGGGAUAUGAGAAAGGUUUAAAGACAAUGCAGGUAACUCUCAGAUCUGAGUCAUCUCACCUUGAACAAAGUAGUUCAGAUACCACAGUGAUUGAGGAUAACUUGAUGUCACUACCUGAAGAUGGUAGGGAGGACUGUUACACAAGGAACCCCGAAAUAUGUGCGGCAUCAACCACAACAAAAGAGACUGUUCUUAAUGUGACAAAAACAACCCCACCUAUAUUGGCUGCUAUAGUGACAGCUGACACUCCCAGUGCAAUGAACAUUCUGCCAACAAGUGUAGAAAAGGAAACUGAGCCUGUAUAUUCAUGUGAUGACCAGGCUACAAAGGAAGGCAUUUCUGAGAAAUUGAAUGAAAGUAUGAGUAAUUUUUGCAAGGAGGACAGUUCUCCCGUGGGAAAGGUUGUUAGUGGUGAGAAGGUUGUACCCAAACAAAGAACACGAUAUUCAGCUGUUAAUAAGGACAAGCCACGUAAACUUCGUUCUUCUACAAGCAAACAGAUGCCGCUGGGUUCAUAUGUUCAAGUUAAGAUGAACAGACGAGUGAACAAGAAAUCACAAAUUUCAGAUCAACCAAAAGAAUUAGGGGAUCGGACACGUGUGGAAGUUAGUGAUGUGGCUGUGUUGUCACGGAAACACUUAACUGAAAAGGACAGUAAAAAUAAACUGGAUUUAAAGACUUCUUUAGAGUUUGCAAAGACCACUUCCUGUGUUUCAGAAUCGGAAGUAACUCUGUCAUGUGUUGAAAUACCAAGUGCCACAACUGACCCAGAAGGAGCACAGACAGAUUCUCAGAAAGUUACAGACUCAGAGGAUGUCAUUGAAAGUUCUCAGGAUUCAAGUGCUGCAUUGGCGUUCGUAGUGUCUAGGUUUCCAUUAAUUCACAAGUGUAGCGUUUCAGUUCGUAGAAUUAAUACCACUUUAGAAGCUGGUGCUAAGAUUGAUAUAUCUCAGGGUGACCAGAAACUUAUGGUUCUUAUACCUCCAGACUCAAGGUCUCCCUUUAAAGUGUGCACUCCUGAGAAGACAACAUUAAAUGCUGUUCAAGAAGAAAAAUCUGAAAAGACAGGUAUUGAGGCUGAGAAAGCUCAUUGCUCAAAGCUUCUUUCUGCUACUCGAUUUUUGUGCGGCAAGCAUGGGCCUCUAAAUCAGUUGGAUUCAGUGCAAGACAAGCCAGAUAUGCCACUGGUGACCAAUUCUUCAAGAGAUAAGAGUGUGCAAGAACCUGUGAGCAAGGUCAUUGUGUCAAAAUUUACACAAAAUAUUCCAACUACUAGAAAUGACAUUCCAAAACAAAGAUAUAAAAAACAGAAAUGUGACCAUAACAUAUUAAAUGUUGCCAAAACUGAUGCUGCAGAACCCAGAUCUAAAGAAAUUGUUGGCAUAUUAACAUCUAAGGAGUGUGUACCAGCUGUUACAUCAGCUGGAGCCCUGAGGACCAAAUCCAGGCAAUGGACUAGCACAAUGAAACGUGAGGUUAGUUCUCCAGUAAUUAAUGUUAGUGGUCCUCCAAAUCUUCGACGAAGGAGUAGUAACACGCUGAAAUAUGUGGAUAAUGUUUUGCCUGUAAUGGAUGAAACUGCACGCACCAAAUUAAAAAAUACAUUUAACAAGCAUGGAACUCAGGAUGAAAUUGCACCUGUAACCAUGAGUAACGCUUCAAAACAAGUAUCCAGGCAACAGUUUGACAAAUCUAAACCCAUGGAUACCAAGGAACAGAGUGAUUUGUUAAGAACUGAUGAUAGUAUUUCUGCAACCAUCAGACAUGAUACUCUAGAAUUCAGAUGUAAAGCUGAUGUUUCAACAAUAGGCAAAGAAGAUGCUUCAAAACUGCGUUUGAAGAAACAGAUUAACAUUCCAAGAUCUGAAGAUGGCAUCUCAUCAGUAUGCAAAGAAGAUGCUUUGAAACCUCAAUCCAGACAGCAGAAAAACAAAUCAGUAUCCAUGGUUAAUGUUUCAGAGGUCAUUAAUGAAGACAUGUCAGAGCCUCAUUCCAAGCAGCAGAUUAAUAUAUCAGAAUCCGAGAAUAAUGUGUCGGCAGUCAACAAUGUAGACACUCCAAAACCACAAUCCAAGAAACAGAUUAACAUAUCUCUGUCUAAGGGCAAUAUUUUGACAGUUGACAGUGAAGACACUCCAAAAUUUCAGUCCAGGCAACAGAAUAGUGCUUUACAAUGUGAAGAAAGUGCCUUAAGAGUUUAUAAAGAAGACACUCCAAAGCCUGAACCCAGACAACAGACUGAUAUAUAUGUUCCUGAGGACAUUGUUUCAACAGUCAGUGCUGAAGAUAUUCAAAAACUGCAGUUCGAUGUACAGAUUAAUGCUUCAAAGUCUGAGGAUGAUAUUUUGAAAACCUGCAAGAAAAAAAGUCUGAAGUCUCGGUCCAAGCAACAGAUUAAUGCAUUGGUAUCCGAGAGUAAUGUUUCAUCAGUUCGCAGUGAAGACAUCUCAAAACUUCAAUCCAAGCAACUGGUUAAUACAAAAUCAGGCAGCAGUGAUUCAGCACAAGAAAAAGAAGACACUCAGAAACCUCAAUCCAAGCAAGUGAUUAACACAUCAACAUCAGAGAAUGGUAUUUUGAUGGUUGUCAAUGAAGAUACACCGAAACCUAAAUCAAAGCAGUUGAUGAAUGCUUCAGAAUGUGAUAGUAGUAGCAUCUUGAUGCCUCUGAAAGAAAACAUUCCAAAACCUAGAUCAAAACGGAAGAAAUCUGAAGAUUGUGGUUUGACAGUCGUAAAAGAAGAUGCUUUGAAACUCAGGGCAAAGGAUAUUAGCAUACCGGAGUCCGAAGUAAUUUCUGUGACUGAUGUUACAGAAUCCAGAUUAAAGCGUCAUGUUCAUAAAUCCAGAGUGGAUAUUGCUGUUGAGUCUGACAUACCAAAAUUUGAGCCCAAGCAGCAGGUGGACAUAUUGAAGGAUGAGGGUAAAAAUAUAUCUGUGAUGGAGAGUGAUGCUUCAAAACCAGAACUGAACUCUUCGGAUUGUGAAGAAAAUAUUAUAAUUUGUGUCAUUGAAGACACCGAAGAAUUAAGGCCAAAACAAACAGGUGUGAACAAAAAAAUGAAUCGAGAGUCAGAAUUUAAAGGCAUUGUUAACAUUCAGGGUACAAAAGUGGGGUUGCGAUCGAGUUCAGAAAAAGUGUUGAUCACAGAGGAACCAAUAAAAGAUAAGACACAACAUUCGGUUAAACCAAAGUGUGUCAGUACAAACCGUUGCAAAAGAGGACGCACUAAGAAAGCUAAGGAGAAGGAUGUGCUCAAACUAGAUCAUAAAACCUCCAGUGCAGAUGAUAGUUCACUCACUUUGCACAAGAUUGCUGAUAAGAAUCUUUGUAUGGAUAAUGUCUCAGAUAUAACAGAAGCAUCUGAGUUGAAAGAAACCAGCAUUUCAAAAGGGGAUUCUAAACAUUCCUUACCGAUACAAUCUCGUAAGAGACUAGCAGAUUCGAAUCCUGUGCUGCGUGAAGUUCAUCAUGGGAAAGUAAAUUCCAGUCUUGAUGACCAUAUUGAUACAGAAGGUUCAAAAAUAAAGAGAUUGUCAGAAAAUUUUGAGAAUGUAAAUGCAAAAUCAACCUAUGAUUAUAGUCCCAUGAGUUCACCAUCGAGAACAAAAUUCUCUAACGAUGGAGACAAUGAUAAAACUCCAUCACCUCCAUCAUCAAAAUCCUUACUUAGCAGUCCGAGUUCGUUGCUUCGAGCUUUCGCUUCACCAUUAAGAAGUCUCGAAUUAAAUCAGAGUCACAAGAGUCAUCACAAACCUCCGUCAGGCGGCAGAGCACAGUACUUGGUUGGUCUUGCAGUUGCUGUAAAUGACAUGGAAUCUCCCCAGGCCUUGUCACUUGUUCCUCCACGAAAGCCUGAGGAAUCCAGAAGUAUCAUCGUUGCUUCACCACCCUCAUUACCACUGUCAAGGAAGAAACUUGUAUAUGGCAUGUCGGAUGGUGAUGGAGCAUCUGAUGCGUCAUCUCUAGAGAGGCCUCAAAGUUCAACUGCAGGAUGUGAGACUGCAUCAUCAGCCUGCAUCUCUAAUCUUGCAAAUGUUCCUUGUAAACGGGCGCUUAAACAGCCCUUUGGUGAAGAGGGUACUCUGCCUUCUAAGAAAACACGCGUGUGGUUUCCUGAUCCAGAGGUAUCAGACACAUUGUUGUUUUAUGCAAAUGACACUGUGGAAAGUGGUGUUGGACGCAUGACGGGAAGAGAGUUGCCAUGUUCUGAGACAAAUAUGUUGCCCAAUACUAGAAGAAGAAGGAGAUGCCGUACAUUAUUCAGCAGUGACGCUGAUGUUCAUGAUGAAAGCCAUGUUUCUGUCCGCUCAUCUAACUUAACUGGAAUCUAUGGAUGUGCAAAAGAAAUUUCAACACAGAGUCAAAGUUCACCUGAUCUUAGUGGCCUGGCAUCGCAGGGAUCAGUGGAAGAAAUUACCACAGAACUUUUGAACAGUCAAGAUGCGUUUUUCCCACCGCUGAUUAACUGUACCCACCCAAUUGAAUGUGUUGCAUCGCGUCUCACGACUCACGUAAUGUGGACAAAAGCAUUGGUAGUUGAGCUGACUCGUAAGAACAUCUGUACAAUUGGAGAUCUCAGCCGACUAGAUGAAGCUAGCAUUAAUAGACUUCCAAUAGCUAAUCCAAAGAUUUCCCAUGCCAAAGCAGUUCUUCAGGAUUACAUGAAGUCUCUAGAAGUGGAAAGUGAAAGGUCAACAAAUAUGAAAGGUGGCACAAGUAGAAGUGACAGUGUUCAGCUGGAGCCUGAAUCUGUAUCAUCACUGGAGGCACGUCAGAUAAGUGCAGAGGAUGUUGUCAAGUUCUUUCUUUCAAACAGAGGAAGUUUAGCAGCAGUGUUAGGAGAAGCAAGCAAAGCGGGUCAGUGUGGCGUGAGGUUGCAUCAAGAAAUGUUAAGUGUGUUCAGAGGUGCAGGCAGCAGUUCAGAAGUAACAGAAGAAAGUGUCGAUACCGAAGCCAGAUCUGGAAGAGGUACUGUCUCAGAGCACUCUUUUGAUGAAUUGCCUCAAACAGAGGUGAUGAAAUAUUUGGUGAAACAUAAUCCUGAUGGACUGUGUAAAGUAGUAUCUGAAAACUCAGCCCUGGCCAGCAAAGUUUCACAGAGUUAUUUACAAUCACAGCUUGCUUCUGGACAUCUUUCUCACAAAGAUUUUUUUGACAGAUUGUUCUCUACAGGCUGUAAAAAUACUCUACUAAGUGCCAUGCAGUCCUAUCUCAUGCUUAAAACGUCCCCAGAAGAAAUUGUGGAGAAGUUGCCAGCAGAGAGUGUAAUGCAAUACGUGACAUCGAAGCUGAAUCUCAUAGACAAAGUUGUCUUGUGUAUAGAAGGCAUGAUGAGUGAUGCAACAACAGAGAUACCUGCUGACCACUACCAGAAACUUGUGGAAGCAGUAGCAAAUAAAGUAACACAGAUGGAAUUUACAACAAUAUAUUACAAUAUUACAAUGGCUAAUUUGAGGUCAAAAUAAAUUUCCUUGUUAAAUUCUUAGUUAUUUAUUUUUCUUGUAAUUUCCAUAUGCCGUGUUGCUAUACUUGUGUCAGCAUCCAACUGUCGGACAACUGUAUUUUCUAUGGAUCACCGCAUCAAUGACGUGUAUAAGACUUGAGGUUUUCAUGGCAUUGACUACAAGGGUGAAAUUCCAUCUGGAUGUGAUUCUGUUUAGUUUGGUAGAAGUUUAGCAGCAUUCCUGUAAAGAAUCUUACAAACUUCAACCAGGCUGCAUGUUGUCACAUCGCAGAAUAUAGUACUCUUCAUAUAUAUAUAUUACAGUUCUGCUGCAUUUCUCUUGCAUUAAGUUAAAAAUUGUGCGCUGUAAUGAAAAUAAAUUAUGUGAUCGUCUUCCUUGCUGUUGUUACACAUACAGUGUAUGCUGUGGUGAAACUACACCAGAAGUCUUCUUCUGUUUUCCGGUGUUUUAUGACAGGGUCAUUUCAUGAUGACAUAUUUUAUCCUUGUUUGUGACAGUGUGUUGCAAUUGCCUUGUUUCUCAUAAGUGUUGCGGCAGUUCCCAUGUUUUUACAUGGUUAUGCUGUGUUUUAAAUACAGCUAAGCUGUAACCAAUGUGCCCUUUGUAUGACACAUUAAUCUUCCACAGUUAAAUUGGUUACAAAGGGUAAAUUUUGAAUUGGUGGUCUUUAGGAAAUGUAGUUUUGUAUUGCUUGCAGAUGGAACAUGUAGUGGCAUAGGAUAUUAAAUUUAUAUCCACUGGUAAAGUGAAGAGUGGUCAAGAGGUUUAUAUUGUCUUGCCUUUACCAUUUUUUAAUAAAACAGAAAACAGUAUGCAUUGUCGGUAUGUUGUGAUGUUGCAACAUUUGCAUUAUGUGUCACUAUGAAGAUUUAAGGCUGUAUUUUAGGUUUUUUUCAUUUUAUUUGUUUAAUAAGAGUUACUUGUGGGUAUACUGUAUCCUGAAACUUUGUUUUACUGUCAUUGCAUAACAGUGAAGUUUCUGUGUUGUAUGUGGAGAUUGUUAGUGUGGAAGAUCAUCAGCCCUCACACAAUGUGAAAGCCGAUCCUAGGUUAUAAUACACUUUUGUAAUUUGUAUGAGCAAUUUCAGAUGUGAGAUUUGAGGUCCUAACAGCAGUAAGUGUUGAUGUGGGGAUGUGGCACUAUAAUUUGGUAGAUAGGUACCAGAAUUUUGGAGAAAUCUGCCACCUCCAUCUUGUAACAUAUAGGUGCCUCCAAAACUUUAGUAUCCGUCUGCCAGUAUAUACAUUGUUGCAUGCUAGAAGACUGUGAUCUUAAUAUUUCAGCCAGUAUGAUGCUCAGCACACUUAUUGCCUUCAUAACAUAUCCAGGUAUUUCAUCUGUUUUGUUUGUUUUCUUUGUAUUACUGUUAAAAUUCUGUUCUUUCAUAACUUUUAAGUUUUCAUUUUGUGAAUCAGUAGGUACAGACUGAUUAGUAAUUUACAAAUAUAACAUGUGAAUAUGUAUUCCAUUUACUGAGAGCAAUAUAUAUUUGUGGCUUCUUGAACAUUUUCAUAAUAAGCUUAUUUUUUUAUGGUGAGGAGUUCUUAGCAUCAAGCUGUAGGACUGCCCCUUGUCGGCUGUUGUGACUGUUUAUUCAAUGUAUUCGCAGUUUCCCUCCAUACCUGGAGGGCAUCUCCUCCAUAUGCAACUUCAUACAAAAUUUUAUCCAAUAUUCUUCUCUCAAGGUCAAGCCCAUAGAUGAAAUUAUUGGAGAUCGUCAGUGUGGGUUUGGAUGAAACAGAUCAACUACUGAUCAGACCUUUUGUUUUCAUCAGAUAUUUGAGAAAAAACGGGAGUACACUGAGACAGUACGUCAGCUAUUUGUAGACUUCAAGAAAGCCUGUGAUUCAAUUAGGAGGCAAGUAUUGUACAAUAUUCUGAUAGAGUU